AAAGACAGGAUUUCUUUCUUGUUUAUUUUACCGUAUCUUAAUAAAGUAAACAUAAUAUAUUUUUACUGUUUUGAUUCUACGAAAAAAUAGUCUGGAUUAUGAGCUCUACCUAAACUAAUGAAAUGGAAAUACUGUGCCGAUCCUGUCUACUGGCAGAACAAGAUAUGGUUGCGCUAGAUGAGUCCUGUGUGACUAGUUAUAACUUAUUGACCAACUUACAGAUUGUUUUAGGCGAUGAGAUGCCACAAAAUAUUUGCCAGAAUUGUUUUAAUAUGAUUAAAGUUUUUAUGGACUUCCGGCAAAAGGCAAUUGUGUCUGAGACAACAUUACGAAAUAUCAAGGAGAAUGAACUUAACAAUUUUUGUGACAAAGAAGAAAAUGUUGAGAGUGAAUGUAUUAGAAUUGAGUCACUUGACGACGAUCAUGAUGACGCUUUGACGUAUGAGACGAUUUACUCUGGAGAUAAUGAGGAAAUAUGUUUUAAAUCUACAUAUAAAUUGAGUGACGUAAAAAAGGAACAUGUACAGAUGUUGCAGUGCGGAUUAUGUAAAAAAUAUAUUCCUAAUAGUGAUGCACUUGAAGAUCAUUUGAAAGAACACAAAAGGGGAGGAAAGUGUAAACUGUGUUUUGAAAAUAUAAAAAUAACAGAGUUAUAUGCGCAUACGCUUGCACACCACCAAUUUUCUAUGGACGUAAAACAAGAAUCAAACACAUAUCCAGUAAUAAAAUUGGAGACUUUAAACAGUGUAAAGACACGUUCAACAGUCAAAGUUAAAAGAAAACUUAAAAAUGCGAAUGGGUGCAUAAAACGGAACGAAGUAGCAUCAGAAUCUCCGAUACUGAACUGUGGACUGUGCCGUCUGAAGUUUGAUGACAAAGAUCUCCUGUUGAACCAUUUGGAGAACCAUAAGACCGAGGGCAUCUCAAUUUGUGAAAUAUGUCAAGAAUUUUGCAACAGUUGGCCGCAGCUAUUGGGACACAGAGUGUUACAUUUGCCUCCGACCCAAAGAAGUUGCCAUUUAUGUGACCGUCGAUUCAGAACGCAGAACAAUUUGGAGUUCCACUACAGAAGGAUGCAUUAUGAUGGUGAGGAUAAAAAUUUGAAAUGUAAGCACUGCCUCCGAUCCUACGGCAGUCCUAGGAAAUUGACGAAGCACUUGAAUUCUGUGCACGCGCCCAAGAGAUACUUCUGUGAUCACUGUUCUAAAGGAUUCAUAAAUAAAAGUAAUCUGCGUUCUCAUCUAGCGUCGCACGGACAAGGGAAACGAUAUAUGUGCGAUGAAUGCGAUUUCUCCUCAAAACUGCGACAAGGUUUGAAGCACCACAAAUUGAGAAAACACCAACCGGUCAAGUUCACGUGCAAAAUGUGCAGCAAAAUAUUCAUAGACAAAACUAAAUACGAAGAGCACGUUUGCAAAUCCAACGGCGGUGUUUGUCCCUUGUGCGGGAAGGUGUUCAACAACAAGAAGUCACUCACGCGCCACUCUCACAGUCACGACGCCGAGCCGCGAUACAAGUGUGGGAGGUGCGCAGCCGCAUAUCGCAGCCGCAACGCGCUCAGAGUGCACAUUGAUAGACACGACGGUGUUAAGAAACAGAGAUGCGAGUUCUGCGGUGCGAGAUUCUAUUCUUACACUGUUCUGUUGAAACAUAGGCGUGUGCACACAGGUGUUCGUCACGACGCCGAGCCGCGGUACAAGUGUGGGCGAUGCGCAGCCGCAUAUCGCAGCCGCAACGCGCUCAGAGUGCACAUUGAUAGACACGACGGUGUUAAGAAACAGAGAUGCGAGUACUGCGGUGCGAGAUUCUAUUCUUACACUGUUCUGUUGAAACAUAGGCGUGUGCACACAGGUGAAAAACCGUAUGUAUGCAAGAUUUGCAGCAGAGGUUUCACGGGGAACCACAAUCUCAAAGUCCACAUGCGAAUUCAUGGAGAAGACGUUAUCGUUAAGAGGAACAAAGUCGCGGACGAUUCCAAGCCAGCAAACGUACUGGAAUCCUCCGUGGCUUUGAUAAAAUAGGCUGUAUAAAUAAAAAGCGCAUCACACUGUCAUAUUUAUAACUCUCUUUGUGCAAGCUCGGCGGUUUCGGGUACUCUUGACAUGAUGACCAUUCGCCUUAUUUUUGAACUAGCCGUGCCCGCGACUUCGUCCGCGUGGAAUAGUUAUUUUGGGCAUCAUUGAAGCCCUCAAGGAUGAAUAAUUUACCCCGUUUUAUGUUUUAACAUUUUCCAUUAUUUCGUCGCUCCUAAUAGUUGCAGCGUGAUGUUAUAUAGCCUUAAGCCUUCCUCAAUAAAUGAUCUAUUCAACACAAAAAUAAUUUUCCAAUUCGAACCAGUAGUAUCCGAGAUUAGCGCGUUCAAACAAACAAACAAAAUCUUCGGCGCAGCGUCUGCUAUACUGAAAUAUUUACUUUAUUACCUACUUAAUUUUAGUAAAGCAAUCAUUUGGGAUAAGUUUAAUUGUAUCAUAAAACAAAUUUAUAUUAUAAAAACUUUAUUUAGAAAGACAAUUUACAGCUAAGUACAAAAGUAAAUGUAUCACAUACAAAAAAAGUCUUUGGCAAGUACAGAAAGUACUGAUUUAAGUUUAUUUUACUUUUAUAAAAAGUAUAUAAUAACAUAAAUUGAUUGUUACGUUAAAUUAAAAUUUAAAUAAAA